AUUAGUAAGUCCAGAAUCCGGCAAAUUUCAAACAACAUGGCGACCUUCAAUGUUGUCAUGCGUUCUUUAAUGUCACCAACGAGCCACUGUAAAAACUUACUAAAUAUCAGUCGUUGCAUUUUUCACUCUCACGGAGACAAUUUAGUCUUUUUUCACACCAAAGGAAAUUUAUACACGAACAAAGCGCUACCAAAUUAUGGCCGUAGAAAUUCCUAUUUAGAUCUUUUAUUUUUCAAGUUUCGAGAAUUCACACAGAAGCAACAUCUUGUACUUGUGUCACGAUUUUGUUCAUUUUCUCCUCUUCAUUCAUCUCAUGAUGAAAAUAGAAGCCCUCUUCCAGGCAAUAAUUUUUUGUCCAAAAAUAAAGAAGACAUUAAUUCAAAUGAGAGGAAAGAUGUGAAAAAAGAAUCUUGGUGGAAUGGCAAAAAUUCUUGGCGGCUAGGCUUGAUCACACUUGGUGGUUUAUGCAUCUUUUGGGGCGUUGGAUUAGUAUCUGUUUGGGGUGCCCCCCAGUUGGACCCUGAUGGUAAAGAGAUUCAAGAUGAAUUUUCAGAAGCGCCAUUAGUGAUAGGAUACCUAAGACGAACAUGGAAGGAAAUGAAUAUCUUUAAAAAGAAAAUCCAAGAUCCAUCCAGAGACAAGCUUUUGCCUGAUCCACUCAAGUAUCCAUACAUCCAGCCUCCAUACACUCUGGUCAUUGAAUUAACUGGUGUCCUCAUACAUCCGGAUUGGACGUAUGGCACUGGCUGGAGGUUCAAGAAGAGACCUGGCAUUGAAUACUUUCUGCAGCAAGUGGGGCCUCCCCUCUAUGAGAUAGUCAUCUUUUCAUCAGAGUCAGGCAUGACAGCUGAUCCUCUAGUGAACCAUCUGGACCCACAAGGCUACAUCAUGUAUCGCCUGUACAGAGACGCCACCAGAUAUAUGGAGGGACACCAUGUCAAGGAUCUGUCCUGUCUGAACCGGGACAUGUCCCGCAUCAUUAUGCUGGACUGCAACCCUCAGUCUGUCAAACUUCAGACAUCCAAUGCUUUUGUGCUCAAAAAAUGGACGGGCCAGGAAGAUGACCAAACUCUGAUUGAUCUAGCACAUUUUCUUAAAACAAUUGCAGCCAGUGGUGUGGAUGACAUCCGUCCUGUAUUGGAUUACUACAACAAAUUUGAUGAUCCACUGGCAGCCUUUAAGGAAAAUCAGCGGAGACUUGAGGAAGAAGAAGAACGGCGCAGCAAGCAGUUGAAAGAAGAAAAAAAAGGCUGGCUCUCUGGACUGACCAGCAAACGCUAACACCUUGUGAUUCCAAUUGGUUUAGUAUUAAAACAUUUUGACCAUAUA